GGGGAGUGGAUGUUGAAGUUCUUGGCGUCUGACGCCUUGGCAGUCGGAGCGCCGAAGCUUCGCCUCCAAAUACUUUAUCGCGACGGGCGAGCUCCAUCCUCUCCAACCGUCACAAUCGACAGCCUCACAAGGACGAGUAACAUCCUCCGGCGCCAAAAUGAUAUCGGCGUACAAUUGGGGGCUCGGCACAUUCAAUCGAGUCAUGAAGACAUCAUUUCGGCGUUCAAUCGAUGCGCCGCGGUGGGCAAGCUGGAAAAUGCCCCACUGUUGAUAACAGUGACACUUCACCGUUGAAAAUGUUUAUAUAGCAGGCCUCGCUCUUCCCGUGGCUUCUUCUAACCAAUAUCGAUCACAUAGACAUUUGCCAACAUGUCUGUCAGCGUUUUGGGCGCAGCUCAACAAGACUCCAUAGUCACUACCCAAGAUGUAGCCACUCUCGCAACGAAAUCCGGGAUCACAAUCCCGCCCUCCGAACUCAAAGACUGGUCCGCCCUACUCUCCGGCCUCAACCACUGCGCGAAAGAAAUCCUCACUCUGGAAGACUACGGGCCAACAGUCGACCUCUCCGUCUAUCCACGAACAAACAUCCACCGACCUGUCGGACCUACAGAUACAGAUCACGGCGGAUGGGCAUGGAAGUGCGAUGUGCGGAGCACGAACCCGAAGAGUGAUGAGCUGGCUGGACGAACAAUUGCGAUCAAGGACAAUAUUGCCGUCGCGGGCGUGAAGUGUACGAAUGGGACGGGAGGCAAGGUUGGAGAAUGGGUGCCGAAGGUGGAUGCUACACUUGUCACGAGGUUGUUAGAUGCUGGUGGGAUUAUCAAGGGAAAGGCUGCUUGUGAGAAUAACUGCUUUGGUGCUGUGAGCGACACCUCAGUGACAGGCCCCGUUCACAACUCCUACGCACACGCCUACUCAACAGGUGGCUCCUCCUCUGGCUCGGCCCGCCUCCUUGCCUCUGGUGCUGUAGACCUCGCAAUCGGCGCAGACCAAGGCGGCUCGAUCCGACUCCCGUCCGCGAACUGUGGUGUUGUUGGCUUGAAACCAACAUGGGGACUCGUCCCCUAUACCGGCUGCAUAUCCCUCGAAGCUACAAUCGACCAUGCAGGCCCCAUGGCAAGAGCUGUUCAAGACUGCGCUACACUGCUCGAGGUAAUAGCUGGUAGUGACGGGAUCGACGAUCGUCAGCCUUUGAAUUGGCCACAUGGGAAAAUCAAGUUCGGACAAGAAGUGCGGAAACAUGUUGAAGGCGGAGGAGACCUGCCCUUGAAAGGGACGAAAGUUGGGAUCCUAAAGGAAGGUUUCGAAGACCCGAUGACCGACCCCAAUGUCGCAGCCGCCUCACGAGCCGCAAUCGCCAAGCUGGCCGAACUCGGUGCGGAGGUGAAGGAGAUCUCGAUCCCGCUGCACAGAGACAGCGGCAUGAUCUGGAUGGUCGCCCUGCCCAUGGCGGGCACAACCCAAGGUCUGCUCUCCAAUCCAGCGGGAAGAAAACAACUCCUGUACCCUGACCGCUGUGAGCUCGUUGGCUCGCAGCUAUCGCAAGAAGCGUUCGAUGCCCUUGGGCCCGGCGGGCAGAACAUUUACUUGCGUGGUCUAUUCUUGCAGGAGAAGUUCGGCAGCCCGUUACACGCGCGCUGUACCAAUCUCCUUCGCAAGCUGAACGAUGAAUACGAGGCUGCGUUCAAAGAGGUCGAUGCCCUGGUAAUGCCGACGAUCGUAUUCCCGCCUGUCAAGAUUGAAGAGGGUGGUGGCAAAGGUCUGGGACCGCUGAAGAUGCUAAGCAGGACGAUUGGCGCGACGUAUAAUACCGCUACGUUUAAUAGUACGGGACACCCUGGGCUGAGUCUCCCGGUGGGGUUCGUGCCGGCGAGGGAUGAUGGGAACGUGUGGUUGCCGACUGGGCUCCAGAUUGUGGGGAGGAAGUGGGAGGAUUUGACAUGUCUUAAGGUGGCAGGAAGUUGGGAGAGGAGGAAUGAUUGGAAGGGGUUGAGGUAUGGCAAGGGUGCUUAGAAAUGUGCGCCCCUAGACUCGAAUAUAGAUAGAUAGAUUGAGUUGAAUGAAACAGAA